AUGCUACCGAUCACAAACCGGUAUCGAAGCACAUCUCCACCACCACCACUACCACCAACACCCUCCUUCGCAACGUAAGGGUUCAAUACUCAGAGGUCUAUGGUUGACUGCAUAUUCCAGACGGCACAUACUCUCUGGCGACCGGAAAAAGAGAAUACAGGCGAGAAUCCUCGCAGCAUGUAGGCGGCCAUGUACAUGGAUCGGGGGGAUACAUUUUCCUCAGCAAGCCGCCGUGUGGAGUGACAUCCGGUGAGGACAUACAGUUCGACCUGGAGCGAAAACGAGACACGGACAAGUGCAGCAUCUCCCUCUGUAUCCAUGGCCCGUGUGCAAAUAUAAAAUGUCUCGAAUCCGAACUGUUCCAUCCACAUCUCGAGCCGAUUGACCACAGCGAGCUGGACGGUCUGAUAUCAGCAGCACUAUUCAUCAUGAAAUUCUUAUCGAUAACCCUCCUCUUCGUGCUGCCUUUCUUUUCUGGUGUUGUCGUCUCACUGGAAGGGUUCGGGUCUGUUCCCGCAGCCGUGAAAUCGCACGGGGCACCGGUUCCCGAUAGCUAUAUUGUCACCUUCAAGGGCCUCGUCUCUUCCUCGGCAGUCAGCUCCCACCACAAAUGGCUGGAAGGAAUGCUCGCCGCUUCGUCCGCGGUGGUCGGCGGAAAGGUGCCCGGAGUCGUCCACAAGUACGAUAUCGGCAGCUUCAAAGCCUACUCCGGCGUGUUCUCGAAGGAUGUGGUCGAAAUGCUCAAGAAGCAAGGCGACGUUGCAUCGGUCGUGCAGGAUCAGUACGUAUCGACUGCGGCACCCGCUUCCGUGGAAGAGCGAACGAUGUCGGAUAAGAGAUCCCCCACGUUCGGGCACAUAGAAAAACGGGUGUGCAAGAGCCAGACUCUGGCGCAAGACGAGGCUGCCGGAGAAUGGGGCCUGGGCCGUAUCUCGCACUACAAAAUCUUCUCAACUCCCAUGCUAGGAUGGCCAAGCUAUCCCUACGACGACAACGUCAAGUUCUGCUCCAAGCUCAAACCUUCGGGAGGUGUGGCUUAUGUCAUCGAUUCCGGCAUUCUGCUCAAACACCCCGAGUUCCAGGGACGUGCGGAGUGGGGAUUCAACGCGAGACCUGAGCAAUGGGUCGAUUCCGACAUUUGCGGCCACGGUACCCACGUGGCAGGAAUCAUAGGAGGUAGAAAAUACGGAGUUCAGAAGACGGCGAAGCUCAUUGCCGUCAAGGUCUUGGAGGGUGCGAAUUCUGCAUGUCAAGGCACCUGGGGGGAUGUGAUCGCCGGUCUCGAGUGGACCUAUAAGCAUGCCGUCGCGAACAAAUGGCUUAAACAGAGUGUUGUCAACAUGUCUCUAAGUGGGCCGAACUUCCCUCCUGCAACGGAGGCGGUUGAACAGCUGGUCAAGAACGGCGUUACAAUAGUGGUCUCCGCCGGGAAUCAAUAUGACAUGGACGCCUGCGACAGCUCGCCUGCUAAUGCGCCGGGCGCAAUUACCGUUGGGUCAACGGACAUCGAAGACAUGGUCUCUAUAUUUAGCAACGGUGGAUGUUGCGUAGAUAUCUACGCACCGGGAACCAACAUCGGAUCUUCCUACAUUGGCCCGCAAUAUCGUCUGAUGUCGGGUACUUCUAUGGCCGCGCCCUUCGUCGCCGCAGUGGUGCUGUACAACAAAUGUCGCUUGGGAAACGACACUCCCGCUAAAGAUCUUGAUGGCAUCGUCAAAGAUGCUUUCAGCAUCACCGACCAGAUCGUCGAUUUCACCGGUUGCGAGGAUAAAAACAAGAUAGUAUACAACCGUGCCACCUGUAAGUAAGGGAUUCUGGGUAGGCGGCUUUACGAUUGGCGGCGAUAGUCGGAUUUCAUCGUGUUUUGCUUUUGGGCUUCGCAGGAUGGUUCCUUUGGUGCGGGGUGGAGCGGGCUUUGGAGCGGGAUGAUGAUGCUGUUGAUGUCUUGAACCCAAUAAAUCUUCUUUUAGCCAGAG